GGCGGGGACGGGCGGGUCCGCCCGGGGAGCGGCACAGCCCGGCCGGAGCCGCCGCGGGAGGCAGCGAGCGGCCGGGGCAGAGCCAUGGCUCAGAGAUACGACGUGAUUGUGGUCGGAGGCGGCAUCUCAGGUCUCUCAGCAGCCAAACUGCUGACUGAGUCAGGCUUGAAUGUGGUGUUGCUGGAAGCCAAUGACAGGGUUGGUGGAAGAACUUUCACCAUAAGGAAUAAGCAAGCCAAAUAUGUGGACCUUGGAGGAGCUUACGUGGGGCCAACACAGAAUCGUCUCCUGCGGUUAUCCAAAGAGUUGGGAAUAGAGACCUAUAAAGUGAAUGAAGUUGAGCACCUGAUACACCAUGUCAAGGGUAAGUCUUACCCUUUUAAAGGUCCGUUCCCUCCUAUGCGGAAUCCGCUGGCCUACCUGGACUACAACAACCUGUGGAGGACCAUGGAUGAAAUGGGGAAAGAGAUUCCCAAUGAAGCCCCAUGGAAGGCUCCACAUGCAGAAGAAUGGGACAAAAUGACUAUGCAAGAUCUCAUAGAUAAAAUUUGCUGGACGAAUGCAGCCAAGAGUUUUGCAACUCUGUUUGUGAACGUGGAUGUCACUUCUGAGCCCCACGAGGUCUCUGCCCUGUGGUUUUUGUGGUACGUGAAGCAGUGUGGGGGGACAGCGAGGAUAUUCUCAACGACCAACGGAGGACAGGAGAGGAAGUUUGUUGGGGGAGCUGGCCAGAUCAGCGAGAAGAUGAUGGAGCGCCUGGGAGAGCGGGUGAAGCUGAGGAAACCGGUCGUCCGCAUCGACCAGUCGGGUGAAAGUGUCAUCGUGGAAACCUUAGAUCAUGAAUUAUACGAGGGCAAAUAUGUGAUCAAUGCCAUUCCUCCAGCUCUUGGGCUGAAGAUUCAUUUCAACCCACCUUUGCCCCCAAUGAGAAACCAGCUCAUCAACCGGAUCCCCAUGGGCUCAGUCAUCAAGUGCAUUGUGUACUACAAGGAAACUUUCUGGAGGAAGAAGGGGUAUUGUGGUACCAUGAUCAUUGAAGAUGAGGACGCUGCAAUUGGUUUAACCCUUGAUGAUACCAAGCCUGAUGGCAGUUUUCCUGCCAUAAUAGGCUUCAUUCUUGCUCGGAAGUGCAGAAGACUGACAGGUCUCACAAAAGAAGAAAGGAAGACAAGGCUGUGUGAGCUCUAUGCAAAGGUUCUGGGAUCAGAGGAAGCUUUACACCCAGUGCAUUAUGAAGAGAAGAACUGGUGUGAAGAGCAGUAUUCUGGGGGCUGCUACACAGCCUACUUUCCACCAGGCAUAAUGACUCAGUAUGGAAGGAUCAUCCGGCAGCCCGUUGGCAGGAUCUAUUUUGCUGGCACAGAAACAGCCACAGAGUGGAGUGGAUACAUGGAAGGGGCUGUCCAGGCUGGAGAAAGAGCAGCCAGAGAGAUACUGUUUGCUAUGAGGAAAAUCCCAGACAGUGAAAUUUGGAAGCCAGAACCUGAAUCAAUUGAUGUGCCAGCUUUGCCCAUCACUACGACCUUCUGGGAGCGAAACUUGCCGUCUGUGCCAGGACUGCUAAAGCUGAUUGGAUUUUCCACUUUCUUCACCUCUGUGGCUGCAGCUGGGUUACUUGCCUACAAAAAGGGACUUCUAGUUCGAAACUGAAAAAGGCUGCCAAAGUGUUAGGAAGGCUCUCUUUGUCUUUACCGACAUGUCUUGCUGUGAUUAUGCUGUGGAUCUUACCACGACUGUGGGAUAGAAAAAAGGAUUUGCUGCUGUUUUCUCAACAUUUUCCAUGUAAAAGGAGUAUGUGGCACUUUGUGUGAUGAGUGAAUUGAGAGAUGUAGGUUGAGAAUCAAGCUGCUUCCCCUUGGGUAGAGGGAACUGUUAGGACUGGCUUACAUUUUUAAAUUAAAAUUCCUGCCAACCCUUCAAAGAGAGGAAUGAAGUCUGGUUUAACGGGCAACCAGUCAUGCUAUCUUGUUAAUUUAUUAAGAAGUUUGAUGAGGCAACUGCUAUCAUGAAAGUUCCAGCAAAGUUUACCAGCUUUGUAAAAGGUACUAUAGGAACAACGAUGGAAAUAAGUGUACUUGUCUCUUAUGAACUGAAUUGUGUUACCAUGCAUAUUUUGUAAUGCUCUUAAGAGUUUUCAAAAAAAAAAAAAGAGGUUUACUUUCUUGUACAUUGUUCU